UAUAUAUAUAUAUGUGUGUGUGUAUAUGUGUGUGUGUGUUAUUAUGUGUAUGUAUUUCGCAGCCACAACAAUUGGGGGAGGCAGUGCAGCGAAGGGGAAGAGGUAGGAUACUAAUGUAUGCUACCACAUGUAUGUAUGUAUGCAUAAGCUAAUGCUUGAAGAGGACUUUGUAACAUGCUCCCAUCGGUUGAAAGCAGAGCAAGAAUUUGGAAUUAAAUUGAAUGCUAACCGUGGCGUGUGUUGCAGUGGAAAGAUCUCGUAGACUUCACACACAGUUUAGAAUCACAACUAAGGAUCCCAGCAUAUUUCAGGCAUCAGUCUUAGGCCAUGCUGGGGCAUCGCAUUAAGUCGAUGAUACACCCUUCCCCCCACCUCUCCAGCGUGCAUUAUAUUUUGGUAUAUAUUUUAUCAGUGUCUGUUUGACGAUCAACGAAGUUCCGGGAUAUAAACACUCAAAAAAAUCAAAAUGGUAGCGAAAUAUUUCUUUCGAAAUGUCAGCCCAAACUAAUUUGCUAUUUAUCGAUUUACAACAUAUUAUCAGGAAAUGUAAAAGUUUAUUGAUAACUCAUAGAAAAGAACUGUUUUAAAGAAUAAAACUUCUACACAAUCCACUGCCGAAAUAUGACUACAGUUUCCCGUAUACCAAAAUCCUGCUCUGGAAUAGUCAGAUUUCUAAAACGAACUGAAAUUGCUGGAAACUAACUUAUGGGCCAAUAUUCAAAAGGAAUUCAAAAGUCAUCCCGUCUUUCUGCCUUCAUCGUUUAAGAGAGAUUACUCAAAAAUUUGUGCGUUUGGAAUAUCAUAAAGGGAAACAGAAAAGAAAAUUCAGAGUUUCAUCUGCAGUAUUAAUUGUUUUAUGAGGAACAAGAUUUAACUAUCUACCAACUGAAGGAUAAGUGUGUCGACCAAUGCUUGAUGGUUUCAUGUUUUGAAUUAAACAAACAUUUAUUUACAAUAUGAAUGACACUGACCAACGGCACCGUGUUGUGGUUCUAGGAGCCGGUGGGGUGGGUAAAAGUAGCAUCAUUAAACGAUUUCUGUUCGGGGCCUUUACAUCCGAAUACCACGAAACUGUUGAAGAUUUGUUCUGCCGACAGUACGAUAUCAGUGGUAGCCUUAUUAAAGUUGAUAUUUUAGACACGGCUGGAAACAUUCCAUUUCCUGCUAUGCGGCGUUUAUCCAUUUCUACGGCACAUGCUUUUACUUUGGUAUAUACGAUAACUAACGAAGCCUCAUAUAAAGAAGUCAAACAACUUUGGGAUCAAAUUAAGGAGGAGAGGCGAGAUUAUGAAAAGAUCCCUGUGGUCAUUGUUGGCAAUAAAGUUGAUUUAGAAAAUGACCGUAUUAUCGAAAAAUUUGACGCAUUGGACUGGGUCAAUAAUGAUGGGCUCAAAGGAAAAUUUGUUGAAGUUUCUGCUAAGACUGGCGAAUGUAUAAAUGAUAUAUUCCGUAUCCUUUUAAUUCAAGCAAAUAUUCCUUCUGUUAGGCAGUUGGAACCGUUCCUGAAACGCCGUUUGUCAUUGGAUCACACUGCAGAAGAACAAGGCGACACAGAUGAGGAGAAAAAAAAAUUUCUUAGAAGUCGAAGCUUAAUUAGAAGGGGUAGUAAACCGAAGAUCAAAAGAUCUGGACGCCCCGGUAAAAAUGAUUGUGGUAUAUCUUGAACUACUCUCAUCAUUGCAAGUUAUUUCCGCCUUCUUUUGAGAUUGGAUCAGUAAAGCCUCAACCACUUUUACUCUGGUUCUUGCACUUUUGUAAACUUUUAAGUUCAACUUUACAAACGAGAUGAUGUUAUAUUAGUUUCAGCUGUUACAAUAGAUGUUAUUGUAAAUGUUAUUGUCUACACACAUGUUAACGUGCUAUUUUCUAUCUACAAAAUAUUUCGGGACACUUUUUUCUAUAAACCCAAUCUUUUCACAUCACAGAUUUUUGCCUCUUUUAUCAACAGAAAUGGUUCUAAUUUCGAGUCUCCACAGUAAAUUUUGGGUACAAAACUCGAAAAUACGCUCUUUGAACAUUACAUAUAUUUCGUCUAAUGAAUAUUUUAUACAUUUUCACUUUCAUUUUAAAAUUUAUAUAAAUAUGGGCUACCAAAUAAACAGUUAAUAUUCCAAAAAAAAAAAAAAAGUAUCCUUGUGUGAAAUAUUAAGAUGGAAUUCAAAAUCUAAAAUUAUGUAUAUAAUUGAGGUUUGAGAAGAUAAUAUAAUAUGAUUCAUUUUGUAUAAACAAUAUUCUUCGAGAAUGUUCGAGAGCCAAAAUUGAUCAGAAUAAAACUUGGAAGAAAAAAAAAAAAAACAGAAUUUAGAUACUAACAAAGAUAAACAAUACACAUCGGUUAUAUUUGCGUAUAA